AAAAAGGAGGGAUAGUAAUACUAUCAUAGUAUAAUAUAAUAUAAGUUUGACAAAGACAGUUAAUAUAGAAGUAAAAACAAAUAAAUAAAAGUAAUUAUAACGCUCUAGCAACGAUAUUGAAACGUUCUAGUAACGUAGCAGCUACGUUCCAAAUAGUAGCAGGGUUUAUAGCUAGUGACAUAUUUGUUACCUUUUUGGAACUCAAUAAUUUUUCCCCACUUUAGUCGUAACUUGAAAGAGUAAAAUAAAGAGACCGGCGACUGUCGCAAAACACUUUAAAGUUUCUUCAAUAGUCCCAUAUACGUAACAAAUACUUAAAUUGUUGCUUGGGACGCUACUGGUUCCUUUGCUCAUUUAAAAAACAAAUUUUAGUUUCUCCCAUAAAAGCUCUGUGCGAAGAAAGACUUAUAGACUGGAACAGUAAAUUUUCCAAGCUGGGUGUAAGUUGCAUUUCUAUGACCGGUGAUAGUGAGUACAUUGAUUUCGGAAGGCUUAUCAGGUACGAUUUUAUUAUUACGACGCCGGAAAAAUGGGAUUUAAUCACUAGAAAAUGGAAGGAUAACGUCAAGUUGGUACAAGUGAUCAAGUUGUUUUUAAUUGAUGAAGUUCAUUUACUUAACGAUAAAAGCAGAGGACCCACAUUGGAAGUUAUAGUAAGUAGAAUGAAGACAAUAGAAAAUGCCAUAAACGCCAAAGAAAAAAUCAGAAUAAUGGCGGUAUCAGCUACAGUUCCAAAUAUUGAAGACGUAGCCAAUUGGAUUGGCUCAAAAUUAAACACUUGUUUCUAUAAAUUUGCUGACGACAUGCGUCCAGUGCCCCUGAAAAAAAUAGUUUUUGGUUACGCGUUCGACAGCAAAAAUGGAACUCAUUUUAAGUUUGAUUUAUCUUUAAACUAUAGGCUACAAAAUUUGUUGAUACAAUAUUCCAAUGGAAAACCCACUUUGAUAUUUUGCAGCACCAGAAAAAGCGUGGAAAUGACAGCAAAACAUUUAGUGCAAAAUUUAACGAUAAAUUUGAAUGAUCAACAGAAAAAAAGAUUGCAAGAAGCUGCCGGCACAAUACAAGAUGUUAAGGCAAAAAAUACAAUAGCUCAUGGAGUUGGAUAUCAUCAUGCAGGUAUGCUUCCGGAAACGAAACAUGCAAUAGAGAACUUGUUCAGAAACAGCGAUUUGCCAGUUCUAGUCACCACUAGCACGUUGGCGAUGGGGGUUAAUCUGCCCGCGCAUUUGGUCAUAGUGAAAUCAACAAAAUGUUACGCUCAAAACGGUUUCGAGGAUUACAGCGAAACGGCCAUAAUGCAAAUGAUAGGCAGAGCCGGAAGACCGCAAUUCGACACGAGCGGAACUGCCAUCAUACUCACCACAACUCAAGACCGAGCUAAAUUCGAGAAAAUGAUCGGGGGGAGUCUGCCAAUAGAGUCCAACCUACAUAAACAUUUGAAGGAGCAUCUGAAUGCCGAAGUUGUUUUGGGAACCAUCACUGAUUUGGAAGUGGCCAUGAGGUGGCUUUCUUCGACUUUUUUGUACAUAAGAGCAAGAAAAAAUCCCAAACAUUACGGGUUUUCGACCGCUUAUACUGCCGAACAAAUUGAUAAAAAGCUUCUGGAACUCUGCCAAAUUCAAUUGAAUAAAUUGGUGAACGCUGGUAUGUUGACAAUCGAUCAAAACAUCACCAUAACACCAACCAAUAGCGGUAUAGUUAUGGCUAAAUAUUACAUCGCCUUUGAAACAAUGAAACUAUUUACUAAGAUAAGUGGAUGUGAAGUUCUUCAACAAAUAUUGGCGCUUAUUUCUAAGUGCCAUGAGUUCUCCGAAAUGUAUCUUCGAACGGACGACAAAAAGUGUUUGAAUUUGCUGAACAAAAAUAAGAAUAACAAAACCAUAAGGUUUCCUUUGAACGGGAAAAUUAAAACACUUGAUAUGAAAAUCAAUUGCAUUAUUCAAGCAUGUUUUGGUUGCUUGGAUAUAUGGGAUCACUCAGUUUUGGCUGAUUCCCAAAAAAUCAUGAGAAAUGGUGGACGAAUAGUAAACUGCUUAAUUGAGUAUCUAAACAUAAAACCCAAAUGCUACUCGGCCCUUUUGAGCAGCCUAAUUUUGUCGAAAUGUUUCCGGGCUGGAAUUUGGGAAAACUCUCCUUAUGUCGGCAAACAACUGACUGGAAUCGGUGCUGUGUUAUCCAGACAACUGGCCAACGCUGGAAAAACGACAUUUGAAAAAAUAUCCAGCACAAAUCCUAGGGAACUGGAAAUGAUUCUAAAGAAGAAAAGCCCAUUCGGCAAUAAAAUCAUAGACGAAAUAAAGCACAUUCCAAAAUACGAAAUGACGCUGGAACGAAACAAUAACAAAACCCUUACCCUUUCCUUUGGAAUAACAAACCCGCAAGACUUGCAAACUCAAGUCACAGGGAAAGAUUCUUCGUUGAUGACUCUUCUGGUGGGCGACAGCAACAACGAAAUCCUUUUGUACGAGCAAUACAGACAUUCCUACAUGUUGGACAAUUUAAAAGUUGUCAAACAAAUUCAUUUGGAGAAUGGGGACGUUGAGACUGUUUCAGCGCAUUUUUUAAGUGAACAAUGGGUUGGGAUAGAUUGUAACUGUACUCUUGACUUGACUAAAGGUAAAUUAAAGGCUUCAGAAAAUGAGAAAAGUAAAGGUGUAAGUCAGCAAAUGUACAUGGAUUUGUACAUGAAGGUGAAGAAGAAUAUACCGGCGAAAAAAGAGCAAAACCAGCAGCCAAAAAGUACCAAAACUCGUAAAAGCGAAAAGGCUAAAAUAUUGCAGAGGACAGUGUCGCAAUUUUUGCCACCAAGAGCAAAAAGUACCAAACAGGUGUCAACUGAAGACACAAUAAUUGAAGAUAGCGAAAGCAUGGAUAAAAUGAUAAAUGAGUUAUGUGAUGCGAUUAUAGAAGAAAAUGAUAAAAAAGCAAAACCACCAAUCAAGAAAAACGCAAUCCAAAGAACGAUAUCUUCCUUUAUGCCUUCACAACCCAAGAAGCCUGAAGUACCAACGGUUUAUGAAAAAGAAGAAGACCAUUUACUGGAACUAACAAAAUCCAAAACAGAAAGCGUAAAGGACGUGGAAAACAAAAUAAAAAUAUACCAAAAUGUGCUUUUGAAACAACCAUCACAACCAAAGAAAAAAAUUAAACUGUUUGAAUCCGCCGAUAUAUUCUUUGAAAGUGAAUUGUUCGAUGAUGAUUUUCCUGAGGAUCAGGAGCAGAAAAAAGAAAAUUUGGAUGAUAUGUUGGAACUAAACAAAGAUAUGUUGGACGGUAUUAUUAAUUCUGCUCGGCAGGACGAAAAAUAUAAAGAUGACGAGGCAAAAAUAUCCAGCACCAGUCAGGAUAAAUACCAGGAUUUAAAUUUAGGAGAAAAAGAUGUAGAUUUAGAAAACUUUUUGAAGCAAGAAUUCGAUAUCCCAAUUGAAGUUUUUGAAAGAGCUGAAGCUAAAACAGCACCAAAUAAAGUUAAUUUUAAUACAAAUGUGUUAAAAGAUGUUAUCAAUAAACCCGUUGUUUAUGGUUCGGCGGGGAAAAAUAGUGUUCCCUGUCCUCCCUUAAAACCACUUGGCAUUAAUAAUAAUAAUGUUAAGAAUAUUAAACCUAAGGGGUUGAAUACCAAAUUGCCUCUGUUGCAUCCUGCUUUGGAAUUUGAAGAUAAAUUGUGUAACGAAGAAAACGACAGCAGCGCCGUUAAUUUGCAAGAAUACCGCUACGCGCCCAGAAAAAGUAAAUUAUCGCACUUAAAUGCAAACACCAGCGAAAAUACGCCGGAUUCCACGGUGAAUGCCGGUUUCGGCGGCUCAUUUUCGCCGGCAAAAAGACGGAAAUUGGGCGAAAAUAACGCGCCGAAAUGUAUUACGUGGAGUUCGCCGCUAGUUUUCAGUCCGCCUACGAAGUUCUCGCCGAAAAUCCACAAAGGUUUCAACGACAGUCGAAAUCAAGUUGAUCUAAACCAAUCCCUAAAAUCCGAAACCUCAACCCACUCUUAUUUGAACCACCCCAGAUACAAAACUUGGCCAAAAUCAACCCCUAAAAAAAGCGUCGCGUCGUUCCCAUUGGGAGACAAACAUUACGGAAAUGAAACCCCAAACACAUCAACAAAUUCCAUAAUUCCCGACGACAUUUCCGACAUUUGUUCGCAAUCCUUCAUUGAAAACCUAGGCCUGAAAACCAAACCUCAAAAAACUCAAAAUAUACCUUCAGCUAGCGCCUACAACUCGCAGAUUCACGUCAAAAGUCAGUUGAAGAAGGUCGAGAGCAAGAAGGAGGAGUUUGUAAUUUCUCAGAAAGCUUUGGAGUUUAACCCCAGAAGUAAAGAAAAGUCUCCUUUAACUCAAAAAUCCAACUUCCCUCCUCAGAGUUCAAAAGUUGAUGAAACGACACCUCAAAAGGCAAAAUCAACUCCUCAAGUUAAAGAAUUUACACCUCAAAUUGUACAAUCCAAUGAAUUUACCCCUCAAAUAGUACAAUGUAAUGAAUUUACCCCCCAAAUACCUCAGAUUUUAAAAAUUGAACCUUCACAAGUAGUUCCCAGUGAAGACUAUCCAACUAUGAUAAGUAAUUACAGAAAAAUGUUGGAUGAGAUGGAAGAACAAUAUCUACGUAGCACAGAAAUGGCGAAAUAUCAACAAAGAGUCGUUUCACAACCUCAAACAAUGCCCAACAGAAAUUUUUAUUCUCAGGAAAUGCCAGUACCGCCAUAUUUGAGUUUGCCCUACACUCAAACUAGUCAGAAUUACAAUACUUACCAAGCAAUGGCUCCAAAUUACUACCCUGUGCCACCCCCAAUUCCACAACCUUUCUAUACCAUUCCAAAGGAGACUUUUAACCAAAGCCGCACUUACAGCCAAAAUUUAAACCAAAGUUUUACUCAAAAUCCGAAUUUUAACCAAAGUACGACAAAUUUUUGCCAAAAUAAGAACAAUUAUGGCGAGGAUAUGAACUACUCGAGAAGUUUUAACCCCAACAUCACUCAAAAUUUGAAUCCUGAUGUUAUGGUACCCCCUCUAAGUUUUAAUCCUGGGGAUAGAUACAUGCUAAACCGUUUCUUCUACUCUUUAGACCAGAAUAACGAGAACCCCCAUCAAUUUUAACCCAUUAAGCAACAAAUGUUUCCAUGUUAAUAACAAAUUGUUCCAAUUAAUUAAAUAAUAAACGUUACUGUAAGUUUACAUGGUUUAUUCUUAAAAUUAAUCAACAUAUUAACGGUUGGUGUUUCAAAUUUAGUGUCAUGUUUUUUAUGUUGAGUUUCACACUUUUUUCACAAUUUGGACGACGUCUUCAUCGGCUAAAACAUGUUCCAAUCCUACUUUUUGGGGCUGAUGUUUCACUGACGACCCCCAUACAAGAG